CCGCAGGGAGUGAAUGAUGGUGACUCAUCACAACACCAACAUGACGUCAUCACGGAUGUCAUCACUCACAGCAGUGACUACGUCACAGAGACGCCGGCGCCGACGGAGACCUCCAGCGACAGCCUGUGGCAGAAGGUUCUCCUGGGUGUCGUCAUGUUCUUCAUCGUUGGCGUCACUGUGGUUGGCAACGGGCUCGUGCUGGUGGUCGUGGCGCGUGAGAAGAGGUUGCGGACGACGUUCAACAUGAUGAUCGUUAACCUCGCGUUCACCGACUUCCUCGUCGGCCUCAUCGCCAUGAGCUUCUAUGCGGCGUUCAACAUCUAUGAGACAUGGCCGUUCGGAGAGAUUUUGUGCGGCCUGUGGAUAUUCACGGACUUUGGGAUGACCUUAGCCUCCAUAUUUACACUGCUGGCCAUUUCUGUCGACCGGUAUUGGUCGGUCCACUGGAGCAACCAUUACCGUACCCACAAUACACCUCGCAAGGCCAGAGUCAUCAUAGCUGUCAUCUGGUCGGCUACAAUCAUCAUUUGGGUUCCUGCUUUUAUAGUCGACCGUGUCGCUAACAGUAAACCUAACGAGUGCAUCUACGACCCGCACUGAACAAAGAGUUCGUGGUCGUCGUGGCAGCUUUAGGUUACCAUGGAAGCACUGCGGCCAUGUUGUUCUGCUAUAUCAAGGUAUUUCUCUUCAUGCAUCGCCGAAGCAAGACUGGACCUUUGCAAAAGCAAGUGAUCCACGUUAAUAAUGGGACAAAAUCCGAGCUUAGAGAAACAAAACUUGAUGAGUCUUCAGAGAUCGGUGAACCCGCUAAU